CGCAAGGUGACGCUGCAGUCGUAUGGGAGGCGCACAUUUCUGGACAUCGCGCGUGGCCGGCAUUGUUUUGGUUUCCUCUCUAAAAGAAAUUACACCUUUUAUCUACGAAAAAUGGAAGAAAACAAGAUUUCAAAGAAGUCAAAAGCAGUGCAACAGAACCACAAGAGUGCGAAGAAGAAGAAAAAGCAAGCAGAAGCAGAAAUAAGUGAAGUUUCUGAAGUUUCUACAAUUAGUAUCGCAGUUCCGGGAUCGAUUCUGGAAAACGCUCAUUCCUUGGAGCUGAAGACGUACCUGGCAGGACAGAUAGCACGGGCGGCUUGUAUAUACAAUGUGGAUGAGAUUGUAAUAUACGAUGACUCGGCGAGCACAGCGUCUUCUGAUGGAGAAGAUCAGACGGCGAGAAAAGGGUGCUGCUCUCAAAUGGCAAGGAUUCUGCAGUAUCUGGAGUGUCCACAGUACCUACGAAAGUUCUUCUUUCCCCUGCACAGGGAUUUGAAGUUCUGUGGGCUACUGAAUCCUCUGGAUGCACCUCAUCAUUUGCGCCAAAACAACGACUUCAUGUUCCGAGAAGGAGUUGUCACGGAAAAGCCCACAAAGACCGGCAAAGGAAGCAAUGUUAACAUUGGUCUAAGGAAGGAUGCUUAUGUGGAGGAAACCCUGACACCUGGGAUAAGAGUGACGGUGAAAUUGUCUGAUCAGAAGGAAGGAAAAAAGGUUCGAGCAGCUGUUGUCUCUCCUGCGCUUCCGAGACAGGAGACUGGAGUUUAUUGGGGUUACAGCGUCAGGAUAGCUGAAACGAUUUCCCAGGUCUUCAGCCAAUCUCCCUACGAGGAUGGAUACGAUUUGACAAUUGGCACUUCGGACAGAGGAACGAAGAUUCAGGAUGUGCAGGAAUUGUCUUUCAAUCAUGCUCUUGUGGUGUUUGGAGGCGUGAUGGGCAUAGAAUACGCCUUGGAGAAUGACAACCAACUGAGCACCACCGCGGCCGAAUUGCUGUUUGAUCACUAUAUCAAUACAGCACCAAAACAAGGCUCCCGGACGAUUCGCACUGAAGAGGCAGUCUUGAUCUCUCUAGCGGGCUUGCAGGACAAGCUGAAAGCUCGACAUGAAGCGAAGGCAUUCAAUUUAUUCAGCUGUAUUCCUCAGAGUCAGGAUACGCGACAGCACCAAGGAAGAGAUCACUGACGGGCAUAUUGAUAGCCAUGCUGGCAAUUUUGGGUUCCGGAUGUCUCCACUCAAUAUGAUACAUCCUCAAGAGGCGACACACGAGCGAUUCGACUUCCAUCUCAGC